AUGGCUCGAGCUUUUGCUUUGGCUGCAGUAGCGGCUUCCUUCUAUCAGCUCGCACUGAGCCAAAACACCACGAACCCAAACUGUACCGCACUGGACUCGAGCAAGACGUAUGACUACAUCGUGAUUGGCUCUGGUGCCGGAGGCAUUCCCAUUGCGGACCGAUUGAGCGAAGCAGGGCACUCGGUGCUUCUCAUCGAGAAAGGCCCACCAUCGAGCGGAAGAUGGAAUGGAACAAUGAAGCCAGAAUGGCUACUGGGGACCAAUUUGACUCGUUUCGAUGUUCCUGGCCUCUUCAACGAGAUUUGGCAUGACCCUGUUGGCGUCGCCUGUGAGGACACUGGUGUGAUGGGUGGCUGUGUCUUAGGCGGUGGCGUCGCAGUAAACUCUGCGCUAUGGUGGAAACCUCACCCCAGAGACUGGGACUACAACUUCCCAACCGGCUGGAAGAACAGCGACAUGCAAACGUCCACCGACAAAGUUUUCAAGAGAAUUCCUGGCACCUACACUCCUUCCAUGGAUGGAAAGCUCUACUUGCAACAGGGCUUUGAUAGGAUAUCGAAGGGUCUGGACGCAGCUGGCUUCAAAUAUGUCGUGGCGAACGAACACUCAGACGAGAAAAACCACACGUACGCUCACAGCACGUUUUUCCUCGAACACGCCGAGAGACAAGGCCCACUGGCGACCUACCUCGUUACGGCGGCGCAGCGUGAGCAGUUCAGUUUGUGGACCAAUACGGUGGCCAGAAGGGUAGUCAGGACCGGUGGCCAUGUCACUGGUGUCGAAUUGGAAUGCAAUAAGGAAGGGUCCGUUGGUCCUGGGUACUUUGGGACCGUCAAGGUUACUCCCGGAACCGGACGAGUUAUUCUUUCUGCGGGGACAUUUGGGUCCGCGAAGCUGCUGAUGCGAAGUGGCAUCGGCCCGACCGACCAACUGCAGAUCGUGAAUAGCUCUACUAUUGAUGGCCCUACCAUGAUCUCGUCGGACCAGUGGAUCGAUCUUCCGGUCGGCUACAACUUGAAUGACCACGUUGGCACCGACAUUCAGAUCGCGCAUCCGGACAUCGUCUUCUACGAUUUCUACGCUGCAUACCCCAACCCAAUUCCGAGUGACGCCGACGCAUAUCUCAAGAACAGGACUGGCAUUUUGACCCAAGUAGCCCCUAACCUAGGACCCAUAUUCUGGCAGCAAAUCAACGGAUCAGAUGGCAUUGUCCGGCAUAUACAGUGGCAAGCUCGCAUUGAAGGCAGGACGAACACCUCCAUGACAAUCACUCAGUACCUCGGAACGGGAACAGUCUCGCGUGGCCGAGUGGAAAUUAUGGGGAAUAUGAACACGCACGUAGCCACUCCGCCGUACCUACGCAACCAGUACGACAAGGAAGCCGUAAUCCAGGGCAUCGAAUACAUCAGGGGCGUAUUGAGCCAGGUCCAGAACCUGACUUGGGUCGCACCGAGCGUGAACCAAACGACCACUGCAUUCGUGAAUUCUAUCCCUGCCACGCCCGGAUCUCGAAACUCCAACCAUUGGGUUGGUUCCUGCACCAUCGGUGCCGACGACGGACGCACGGGGGGUAAAGCCGUGGUGGAUCUCGACACAAAGGUUUAUGGCACGGAUAAUUUGUUCGUAGUCGAUGCGUCCAUUUUCCCAGGCAUCACGACUGGCAAUCCGUCUGCGGCCAUUAUCAUUGCGGCGGAGCGUGCGGCGGAAAAAAUCCUGGCUCUCAAAGCACCGACGCAUGCCUAGAUAGUUUCGAAGGAGAGAAAGAAGGUAUGGAAACGGG